AUGCUUCCUCUCUUGAUCAAGAUGCUUCCUCUCUUGAUCAAGGUGCUUCCUCUCUUCAUCAAGAUGCUUCCUCUCUUCAAUAAAGUGAUUCCUCUCUUCAUCAAGGUGCUUCCUCUCUUCAUCAAUAUGCUUCCUCUCUUCUUCAAAGUACUUCCUCUCUUGAUCAAGGUGCUUCCUCUCUUCAUCAAGAUGCUUCCUCUCUUCAACAAUGUACUUCCUCUCUUGCUCAAGAUGCAGCUUCCUCUCUUCAACAAAGUGCUUCCUCUCUUCAUCAAGGUGCUUCCUCUCUUCAUCAAGAUGCUUCCUCUCUUCAACAAUGUACUUCCUCUCUUGAUCAAGAUGCUUCCUCUCUUCAUCAAGAUGCUUCCUCUCUUCUUCAAAGUACUUCCUCUCUUGAUCAAGAUGCUUCCUCUCUUCAUCAAGGUGCUUCCUCUCUUCAUCAAAGUACUUCCUCUCUUGAUCAAGAUGCUUCCUCUCUUCAUCAUGCAGCUUCCUCUCUAA